AUGAGCAAUACCCCAGGCGUGCUCAAGAAGGCUAAGCGGCUACGUUCAACCUUGCUCGAGGAUCCGUCAACUAUCGACAAGCCGUGGGUCGCGGUCAAGGACCCCUUCCUCAGGAUCUCGUACUGGCUCACCUGGGGCAUCGCGUUCCUCGGUAUCGCUGGUUCUGCCAUACGGUGCUACUUUGGGUAUAAAAGCGUGCUCAUGCUCGAUGGGAACUUGUGUCCCGUUCUCGACGAGGAGUUCAACACGGACACAGACACGGUGUUCGGCACUAACAGCAACUGGUUUCGCGAGGUUGAACUGGGUGGAUAUGGAAACGGAGAGUUCGAGAUGACGACGUCGUCAUCGAACAACUCCUACGUCCAAAACGGCUAUCUAUACCUCACGCCCACGCUCACUGCGGAUGAAAUUGGGCAGUCGAACGUCAUGAAUGGGUACACUUACAACCUUACGGACUGUACAUACAACGUCACCAACCCGGCCACGCUCCCUGGGUCGUCCACCGCAAGCGCUACUGGAACGACGUUCGACGCGACCGCGUACUACCAGUCUUGCGGCGCUGUCAGCAACAGCACGAGCGGUACGAUCAUCAAUCCCGUGCAGAGUGCUCGUAUCAGCACGAGGAACAGCGCCAGCAUCCGCUAUGGAAAAGUUGAAGUUCGCGCAAAGCUCCCACGAGGUGACUGGCUCUGGCCCGCGAUCUGGAUGCUCCCAGUGAACAACACCUACGGGGCGUGGCCACUGAGCGGUGAGAUCGACAUCAUGGAGUCGCGCGGGAAUGGCAGGACAUAUCCCGGACAAGGCAUCAAUUACGUUCGGGGCUCGCUCAACUGGGGACCCCUCCCAUUUUUGAAUGCCGUGGCGAAGACAUUCGGCUGGUGGACACAGCGCCGAACUGAUUAUGGCGAGGGAUUCCACACAUACACUCUCGAGUGGGACUCGAGCUUCUUGCGGAUAUACACCGACUCGCGUCUGAACUAUAUGUUAGAUCUGAACUUUAACGAGCCCUUCUUCUCGCGAGGAGACUUCCCUACUGUUGUCGAAAACGGCACGGCGCCAAUCGUCUUGACCAACCCUUGGGUGAACGGGACGAACGCGACCCCGUUCGAUCAGCCAUUCUACCUCAUCAUCAACCUUGCUGUCGGCAGCACAAACGGAUGGUUCCCUGACAACAUGGGUGACAAGCCUUGGCUCGAUGGCUCGAGUGAUGCUAUGAAGAACUUUGCAUUAGCGCAAGACCAAUGGUAUCCGACGUGGGGUUCUGAUGGGGAAGAAAAGUCACUCGUUGUAGAUUAUGUGAAGAUGUGGCAACUGUGUUGA